AUGUCCUCGGACAGCAGCAGUGCUGAGAAGUAUGAGGUGCUGGAGAAGAUAGGUCAUGGCUCCUUUGGCAUCAUUCGCAAGGUGCGCAGAAAGGAUGAUGGCAUGAUUCUCUGCCGCAAGGAAAUCUCCUACCUCAAAAUGUCACAGAAGGAGCGCGAGCAGCUCCACGCCGAGUUUACCAUCCUGUCAUCCCUCCGUCAUACCAACAUUGUCGGUUACUACUCCCGAGAGCAUCUCAAGACCACCCAAGACCUACACAUCUACAUGGAGUACUGCGGAAAUGGAGAUCUCGGCCGUGUCAUCCGCGGACUGCAGGAGAAGAACGAAUAUGCUGAGGAGGCCUUCGUCUGGAGCAUCUUUUCGCAGCUGGUGACCGCCCUCUACCGCUGUCACUACGGAAUCGAUCCUCCCGAGGUUGGCAAGAAUGUUAUGGGCCUUGGCCCGACUGCGAAGCCCAAGACACCCUCAGGCUGCAUGACCAUCCUACACCGUGACCUCAAGCCCGAGAAUAUUUUUCUUGGGGAAGACAACUCUGUCAAGCUUGGUGAUUUCGGCCUGUCCAAGGUCCUGACUGCGCAGCAGUUCGCCUCGACCUAUGUCGGCACUCCCUUCUACAUGUCUCCCGAGAUUUGUGCUGCGGAGACGUACACCCUCAAGUCCGAUGUCUGGUCCUUGGGAUGCAUCAUCUACGAGCUCUGCACGCGGCAGCCCCCUUUCAACGCCAAGUCCCAUUAUCAGCUCGUUCAGAAGAUCAAGGAGGGCAAGGUCGCCCCGCUUCCCAACGUCUACUCGUCCGAACUCAGCGCUGUCAUCGGAGACUGUCUGCGGGUCAACCCUGACCGACGACCCGACACCGCUACCUUGCUCAAUCUGCCUGUCGUGCGGCUGAUGAGAAAGGAGCGAGAGGUUGUCGAGAUGGGCCAUGCGCUCCAGAAAAGGGAGGCUGCCGUGCUGAAGAGGGAGGACUCGGUGAGCCGUCGGGUUCGGGAGCUCGAGAAGAGGGUACAGAAGCUGGACGCCGACAGAAUCACGACCAGACAGGAGAUUGACUCCUCUCUGCGGCGGGAAUGGGAGACACGUGCGCGCCUGGAGAUCGACCGGCUGGUGAAUCUCGAGAUCGAGCAGCUCCAGGCCAAGUUUGAGGAGGAGGUCCAGGCUCGUGUCCAGGUGGAGCUGAACCAGCAUAAGAAAAUGGUCUCCUUCGCAACGGCCCAGCCCAUGGACUUCAACAACUCGUCGUCUACCAAGUCUGAUUUCCCGUACUCGUCCAUCGGUGCUGACAGUAAUCGGAGCGAGCUGACGGCAGCCACCGACGUGACCGAGCUCUCGACUGGUCCUGAUACCCCGGAGGACGAGGUGAAGAAGGGAGCCCGCACGCCAUUUGUCCGGGCCCAGACCAUGUAUGCCGGCCCUCUCGGAACGCCCAUGGACGUUGACAAGAUGUCUCCCUCCCCUUGCGCUAUCGCAUCACUGUCGCUGUCACCCCGGCGCAAGAAUGCAGGCAAGGGCCCUUUUGUGCACCCGCCCAACAUCUUUGCCAAUGACGAGUGGCGCAGAGUCCCCGAGAUCCCCGACGACUUCGAUUCUGACCUCGAGGAGGACGAAUCUGACGAGACCCCGGCGUCUCCCUCUCCAAUGAGAAAGGUCAAGAAGGUCACAGGCAUCGCGCGGCCGGGCCUGGCUCACAUGAGAACUGCGCCUGCCGAGAACGUGCUCAAGAACAAACCUUCUCUGCCUGCACCGACACGCACUACGGGAAAUCUCCUGCACCUGACCUCGGGCCAAGAGAUGCGAUCCCCCAGCAUUCUCCGAGAGCGAGAUACGGGCAACCGCCAGCUCUCCAAGAUCCCUUCCUAUGCGAACCUAUCUGCCGCUAGCAGUGGUGAUUCGUCUGGCCGGGGCGGCCUGUCUCGCAAGACGUCCUUAACUGGGCCAAGUAGCAACAGCAGCGGUCUGGUCAGCAAGAUGACCAACGUGAGGGGUCGAACCCUCGUCGAGCUGUCACAAGCUCGUGCCGGUGGUCGCUUGCCGGGCAGCAACGAGAACUCCAAGGCAGCUGUCUGGGACCCCGAGACAGACGAGAUGCCGAGUCCCUUCCUGAUACGCAGCAAGCACAUCCCCAAGCCCAUCCCAAGCGUCUAA